AUGCUUCUGUAUCAGAUUUUCUACCGUGUUGCUUUUCUGGUCACGGCCCUUUUGCAUCUCUGGUUCAAUGAUUUAAUCAAGACUUUCAUCGCGAUUGUGGUCAUCUGUCUGUCCAAUUCAAGGCAACCCAUCUUCCAAAGCAUCUUGCGGUUGCAUUCUGUGGUUCUGAUAUGCUUCGUCCUGGCGUUCUGCUUCAAUACAGUUUCUGCUCAUCCUGAGCAGAGGGUGCUCGAAGAAGGAUUCCAAAUCCUGAACUUUGAUGAUAUUGAGACCCCGGAUGGUUUCGGAGAUAUACCACCAUCGUACCACGGAUUUGUGUUGAACGACUUCUAUGCCUUCAAACCAUCGCAUCCCAGAUUGGACGGCGUCAUUUCCGCUUACGACCUGAACUGUGCUGUCUCAAGGCCAAAUGCAUUGUACGGAGCUGCAACGGCCAGGCCGUUGGUGAAACCACACGGCCGCCAGAGUACACCAGGUGAACGGCCAUCCAUCUGGUUAUAUAAUUCAUCGGAGACCUUCACUGUCCACGCGCUGAAGAUCAAGCCGCUAGACAUGCCCAUUGGCUCUGUCACGAUCAACCUACAAGGUUUCCGUUCGAAUGAUUCAGACGAUACUUUGACUUGGAAGGUCGAUUUCCCUGCCGGUUUCCAUGACGUUCUGCACGUACGAGUAGAGAAGUUCACCAGGAAGACAUGGAAUGGCUUAGGCAAGCUGGAGAUGUGGGCUGUUUUUCACUUGGACGAUGUUAUAAUGGAAGACUGGGAGUUCUGCGUCGACGAUAUUGAGCUCGAAGUUGGAUGA